AUGUACUUCCCAGACAACAACAAGGGGAGUCGCAUUGUGAUCACCACUGGGGAAUCUGGUGUGGCAACCUAUGUAGACUCAUCGAGUUUGCAACAUCAGGUGCAGUUGCUCAGUGGGUCUGAAAGUUGGGAUCUGCUUCACCAACUUGUGUUUGGAGAAGAGGAUUGCCCUCAUGUAUUGGAAGUCAUUGGUCAAAAGAUUGCUGGCCAUUGCGGUGGACUUCCUCUAGCCAUCAGUGUGAUAGGAGGGCUACUAUCUACGAUCGAAAGAUCAGAACAUGAAUGGAAGAAAAUUGGGAACGAUGUAAAAGCAGCAAUUGCUAAAUCGGGUGAGCAAUGCUCUAGUAUACUGUCUUUAAGUUAUAACCACUUGCCGAAUCACUUGAAACCAUGUUGCUUAUACAUGGGGCUUACCCUGAAGACUACGAGAUUAAAGGCUCUAGACUGUACAUUUGUGGGUGGCGAAGGAUUUGUAAAAUCAAAUAGAGAAACAAGUUUGGAGGAAGAGGCACGGGACUGGCUAAAAUCUCUAGUAGAGAGAAAUCUAAUUAUGCUUAGAGGAAAGAACAAGUACGGAAAUUCAAAGAGUUACAGCAUGCAUGAUAUGAUGAGGGAUGUAUGCAUUAGGAAAUCUGAUGAAGACAAGUUUCUGCAUGUGAAGAAUGAGUCCAUGUCACUUACUCGAUCUGUUAUAGGCAUUGGUGAUUCUCAGAGGGAUGAGAUUCCACCCGCUUGCCUUUUUCUCCUCGAGAUUGCUAAGGGUGUUGGACUUAAUAUAUAUAGAGUUCGUAGAGUUCCCGACUCAAAUAUUUGA